UUCCUAUCUCUGCGAUCCCGUCAGGAGGAACACACGCACUUUCGCUUGACCCUUCACAUUUACUUCCUGUGCGCAAGGAGGAACAGGAGAUGAUGGCGCAUGCGCGGUGCCGUGGCUGCUCCUGCUGCUUCUCGGGCUGCUCUUCCGGCCUCUCCAGUCCCCGACUAGGCUGAGGCGCCAGGAGCCCCUCUCUGCUCAGGCCAACUAGGGCUGACCUUUGACCCCGGAAGUGAACAAGACUCUUAAGUCCCUUGACCUUUUUUGGGGGGGGGUCGUUUCCCAGUUUAAUUUUGCUCCAAACUUCCUCAAGCGUCCCCCAGUAAUUUGGGGCUGCCUCUCCCACUCAUCUCUUACCUGUGCCUGCACCUCCAGUUAGCACCCCCAGGAACACUUCUGGUGCAGGACUCCCAUUGGCUAGCUUGGUUUUGAGGUCCCCUCCCGCAUUGCUGGUUAGUGUUUUGGGGGUGCUGCUGCCAUACCUUGUGGCAUUAGUCCCACUCCAGCCCCUCUGCAGAUCCACCCGGGUAUCCAGACCCUGAGUAUGGUGGUACCCCAUCUCUUGAAGCCAAAAUGGCAUGAGCGGAGGGAGACCUAGUGGACAAAGAGGAGGGGGUGGUUGCUCAGAGUGGGAAGGUCAAUAGCUGUGUGGCAAAUCUACUUUGCUGAAUGGGGAACAUAGUCCUGUAGUUAAUCUCCCCUCCCUCCUCCAUUCCUAUAGAAAAGGGUUUUGUGGGCAGCUACAGCUAGGACCCAUCAAGGGGAGAAGAGGGUUCAGGAUUCCCCAGGCCUUGUGGAUCAUGGGCCUGAAGCUGCCUUGAUGAAGGAACUUGUGAGUGCCAGCUGGGCAGUGGUGUUCCCUGAGGAGGAGGACGACGAGGAAGAGGAAGAGGCGGCCCCACCGUGGACAUGGGGUCGCAGGUCCUGCAGAUCCUACGCCAGGGCGUCUGGGCCUCGCUGACCGGUGGCUGGUUCUUUGACCCACACCAGAGUACCUUCUCCAAUUGCUUCCACCUCUAUACCUGGAUCUUCCUGCUCACCUUCCCUUUCCUGCUGUACAUGGUGAUGCCUCCCAGCAUCGUGGUGGCAGGUGUGUACUGCGUGGUCGUUGCCACCUUCUUCACCGCCGUCAAGACCGUCAACUACCGCCUGCACACCAUGUUCGACCAGGGUGAGAUCGUGGAGAAGAACUCGGCGCUGGCGGAGGGUGCCAAGGGCGAAGAUGGAGCUGCAGCUGACGGGGGGAACUUGGCCAGAGACCCAGGUGGGGUGGAGAUGACGGUGUUUCGGAAGGUUAGUUCCACACCUCCCGUGAGGUGCAGUUCCCAGCAUUCGGUCUUCGGCUUCAACCAAGUCAUGGAUCUGCUGCCCCACUUGGAGGACGGGGGGACUGUAAGAGACAUCAAAGAACUCGUGCGAGUGCAGGGCAGCAACAAUGUCAUUGUCACGGCAGCUGAUCGGGACAUGCUUCAGCGCUGUUCCCCUGAAAAUUGUGUUGGUGACGUGACGAUGGUGUCUCUCGAUGCGGAAGGUGCAAAUAGCAGCCUGCUGCCCCUUCCCAAGCCAGAGCCUCCAUCAGCUGGAAGGAAGCAGCUGCCCUCUCUUCCGGUGCAGACAUCAACCCAGAGCACGGACUCCUCAGAACAGUCUCUCCCGGGUGGGGCGGGAUCCCGGGCACCCCCACGCUGGACCGCCAGCGAGUCGGAGAGCAUGGGCGACACGCCCCUGAGCCCCCUCAUCAAGAGCAGCUUAAGCGAGGAGCUCAGCCAGAGCUUUCUGAGCCUGGCGUUGCCCGAGGCCAGCAGGCACGGCCGGCGUGAGAAGCGCUGCUCUGGAGCCGACUAUCAGCCCCUGGAGCCCCGGCCGGAACGCCCCCGAAAAGCUGGUUCUUCAGACAGCUGUUUCAGCGGCACCGACAAGGAGACACCCAGCACCUUGAGCAGUUACCGCAGUGAGAAGACCAACUCCACCCACUUGGACAGCCCCUCGCUUGGGCCCGGCACUGGAGACAGGGUGCCAGGAGAGGAGGGGCUGCCUGGCACGUCCCCAACGCCCGAUGGCGGCGGCGGUGGUGGCAGCGACACGGACGCCCUCUCGGACAGCGAGCUGCUGCGUUCCCCUGAGCUGGGCCUCAUCGGGGAGCUGAGCUUUGACACACAAAACACUCUCAACUCCCUGGAAACGGUCAAGGGUGACACUGAGCUGUGGGACAGCCCUGAAUCGGAGCAAGUGGUCCGGCCCAAGGAGCUGGGCUUCAAGGGCCGCCGGCGCCUCUCCCGCAAGCAUGGCAGCUCCUACUUGCCCAUGCGCACGCUCCUGGACAGCAAGGUGUACACAGAGGGCUUCUUUGCCGACGAGGACUCGAGUGACUGCAGCGACCUGAGCCGGGCCUCCAGCCUGCACUCCCAGCACCACUACAGCUCCGACAGCUCCUCCAGCACCUCCUGCUACUCUCCUGAACGCCACGGCCCUGCCCAGCACGACCAGCAGGGCCUCCCCGCCGCCGAGGCCAAGCCCCCGCCGUCUCCGCCCCCCAACGGCCCGCCCCAGCUGUCCCACUACGCCCAGCGCUCUGGGAGCACGGCCAGCGCCAAGACCCACGCCCGCGUGCUCAGCAUGGACGGGAGCCACGUCGACACAAAGCCCACGGGCUGCCUCACCGUCUCCAAGUCGGAUCUGGAGUCCCACGCGGGAAAGCUGACGGCGGAGCAGGAAUCAGGCAGCACCGUGCGCAGCCAGUCAGCCAAUCACUCGGGCUGGAGGGGGGAACUGCAGGCUGAAGGGGCCUUUGGUGGAGCUUCCACUGGAGAGGAGGGUGUGAAGGCAGACCGGUCAAGCAACAUCAAGCGGAUGCAGGCCAUGAGGCGGCGGCAUAACGCGGGCAGCAACCCCACCCCUCCAUCCUCGGUGAUGGGGUCCCCACCCAGUUUGCAGGAUCUGCAGCGAGGCCGGGCCUUGUCGCACUCCCGUGCCCUCACCCUCCCCUCGGCCCUGCAGUUUGCCAGCUCCCUCCUCCUGCCACGCGGCGCCGUCCACGAGGCCUGCAACUUCGACGACACUUCUGAAGGUGCCGUGCACUACUUCUACGAUGAGAGCGGGGUCCGACGGUCCUACACUUUUGGGCUAGCUGGCGGCGGCUACGAGAACCCCGUGGGGCAGCAAGUCAGCGCGGACCAUGCGACCACCAGUGGCUGGGACAGGCACUCGCAUUCCUCCAGCUUCAACUCCACAGAGGUGCCUGAGGGGACUCCUGCCCUCACUCUGCUGCAGCCACGGCCCGUGGUUCUCCAGGGCAUGCAAGUGCGCCGGGUGCCGCUGGAGAUCCCUGAGUUUGACCUUCUGGACCAGGAAUCACUGCACGAGUCCCAGGAGAACACACUGAUGAUCGAGGACAAGUGCCACCCCCGUCAGUACUACAAGUUCUGGGUGCUGCCCGGGCGCUGGAUGCGGGUACGCUACGACCGCCUGGCCUUGCUGGCUCUGCUGGAUCGGAACCGGCAGGUGGCAGAGAAUGUGUUUGUGGUGCUGCUGGUGAGCCUGGUAGCUUUCCUUGGCUACCUCCUCCUCCUCCAGGGCUUCUUCCGGGACAUUUGGGUGUUCCAGUUCUGUGUGGUCAUUGCCAGCUGCCAGUACUCUCUGCUGAAGAGCGUCCAACCUGAUGCUGCUUCGCCUAUGCAUGGGCACAACUGGAUCAUCGCCUACAGCCGGCCCGUUUACUUCUGCGUGGCGUGUCUGCUGAUUUGGCUGCUGGACCUCUGUGCCCGUGCUGAGCCCCUUCCAGCCGUGGCCUUCUACGACCUCACCCUCUUCUCUGCCGACUUCUUCUACUGCGCCCGCGAUGUGGCUGUUGUUUUCACCCUCUGCUUCCCGGCCAUCUUCCUCUUCGGACUCCUCCCCCAAGUCAACACUUGCUUCAUGUACCUUCUGGAGCAGGUGGACAUGAACAUCUUUGGCGGAACAGCUGCCACCAGCCCCCUCACCGCCCUCUUUGCUCUCCUACGCAGCAUCCUAGUGGCUGCCCUUCUGUACGGGUUCUGCCUCGGAGCCAUCAAGGCUCCGUGGGGUGACCAGCAUGUGCCUGUCCUCUUCUCCGUCUUCUGUGGCCUCCUCGUGGCGCUCUCGUACCACCUGAGCCGCCAGAGCAGCGACCCAACCGUGCUCUGGUCUUUGAUCCGAAGCAAGCUUUUUCCCGAAUUUGAAAAUCGCAAUGUGGAGAUCCCCCCGCUUGGAAUUAAGGAUCCACUUCCUGAGAAACUGCGCAGCUCACUGCGGGAGAUCCUUCACUCAGACCUCGUCAUGUGUUUGGUCAUCGCUGUCCUGACAUUUGCCAUCAGCGCCAGCACAGUCUUCAUUGCUCUUGAGUCUGUUCUAGGUUACGUGCUCUAUGCUUUGGCGGGCCUGGUGGGCUUUGUCACUCACUAUCUGCUGCCGCAGCUCCGAAAACAGCUGCCCUGGUUCUGCCUCUCUCAGCCUGUGCUGAAGCCGCGGGAGUACAGCCAGUUUGAAGUGCGCAGUGCUGCCCAACUGAUGUGGUUUGAAAAGCUCUAUGCCUGGCUGCAGUGCAUGGAGAAAUACUUCAUUUACCCGGCUGUGGUGCUCAACGCCCUCACCAUCGAUGCCCACUUGGUCAGCAGCCCACGGCAGGACAAGUUCUGCAUCUACUGCCGGGCCCUCCUCAUCACCGUAGCAGGCAUGAAGCUUCUGCGCUGCUCAUUUUGCUGUGCCCCCCAGCAGUACGUCACGCUGGGCUUCACCAUCCUCUUCUUCCAGUUCGACUACAAGCAGUACUCCGAGGGCUUCCUCACGGAUUACUUCGUCAUGUCUAUCCUCUUCAGCAAGCUGUGGGACCUCUUAUACAAGCUCCGGUUCGUGCUCACCUACAUCGCCCCCUGGCAGAUUACGUGGGGCUCGGCUUUCCAUGCCUUCGCCCAGCCAUUUGCUGUGCCUCACUCAGCCAUGCUGUUUGUCCAGGCAGUUCUUUCUGCUCUCUUCUCCACUCCUCUCAACCCGCUGCUGGGCAGUGCCGUCUUCAUCAUGUCCUACGCUCGCCCUGUCAAGUUUUGGGAGCGCGACUACAACACCAAGAGGGUGGACCAUUCCAACACCCGGCUGGCCACACAGCUUGACCGCAACCCAGGCGCUGACGACAACAACCUGAACUCCAUCUUCUAUGAGCACCUGACGCGCUCCCUGCAGCACACCCUCUGCGGGGACCUGCUGCUGGGGCGGUGGGGCAACUACACCACAGGGGAUUGUUUCAUCCUGGCCUCGGACUACCUGAAUGCCUUGGUGCACCUCAUCGAGAUCGGCAACGGCUUGGUGACCUUCCAGCUGCGGGGCCUCGAGUUCCGCGGUACCUACUGCCAGCAACGAGAGGUGGAAGCCAUCACGGAGGGGGUGGAGGAGGAUGAGGGUUGCUGCUGCUGUGAGCCAGGCCACCUGCCUCGCAUGCUCAGCUUCAACGCCGCCUUUGGGCAGCGCUGGCUGGCUUGGGAAGUGGCUGCCACCAAGUACAUCCUGGAGGGCUACAGCAUCAGCGACAACAACGCCGCUUCCAUGCUCCAGGUUUUCGAUCUGCGCAAGAUUCUCAUCACUUACUAUGUCAAGAGCAUCAUCUACUACGUGACUUGCUCCCCAAAGCUGGAGGAGUGGCUGGGAAACGAGGGGAUCCAGGAGGCCCUGCGUCCCUGCACCUCUCUCCACUACGCCGACAGCGACCCCACCUUCAACCUCAACAUAGAUGAGGACUAUGAUCAUCGCAUGGCAGGGAUCACCCUGGCUUCCUUCUGCAACAUCUACCUCGACUGGAUCCAGUACUGUGCUAGCCGCAAGGAGAAGCCAGUGGACCGGGAGUGGAACUCCCCUCUGGUCACCUUGUGCUUUGGGCUCUGCAUCCUGGGGCGCCGGGCCUUGGGCACUGCCUCCCACAGCAUGUCAGCCAGCCUGGAGCCCUUCCUGUAUGGCCUGCACGCGCUGUUCAAAGGAGACUUCCGAAUCACAUCACCCCGCGAUGAAUGGGUCUUUGCCGACAUGGAUCUGCUACAUCAUGUGGUGGCGCCCGGAGUGCGUAUGUCCCUGAAGCUACAUCAGGACCAUUUCACCUCCCCGGACGAGUACGACGACCCAGCUGUGCUGUAUGAUGCCGUAAGGUCGAACGAGGAGAAGAUGGUGAUCUCGCACGAGGGCGACCCCGCUUGGCGCAGUGCCAUCCUCACCAACACGCCCGCCCUGCUGGCCCUGCGCCACGUGAUGGACGAUGCCAGCGACGAGUACAAGAUUAUCAUGCUCAAUAAGCGCUACCUCGGAUUCCGGGUCAUCAAGGUGAACCGGGAGUGUGUGCGGGGUCUUUGGGCCGGGCAGCAGCAGGAACUGGUGUUUCUCCGGAACCGGAACCCAGAGCGUGGCAGCAUCCAGAAUGCCAAGCAGGCCCUCCGCAACAUGAUCAACUCCUCCUGCGACCAGCCCAUCGGAUACCCCAUCUACGUCUCGCCCCUGACCACUUCGUACGCCGGCAGCCACCCCCAGCUCCGCUUGCUGUGGGGAGGGCCCGUCAGCUUACACAAUAUCUCUGCUUGGUUCAUUCGAAGCUGGGAGAGGUUGCAGAAGGGCUGCGGGGCCGGUUGCAAUAGUGGAGGGAACAUUGAGGAUUCGGACUGCGGUGGCGGGUCUUCCUCCCUCAGCAAUAAUCCCACAGUGCACGGGUCUCAGGCUCCUGGGAGCACCGCUCACAGCGUGGGACCAGCAGCUGCAAAUCCCACAGAUCCUGCGGUCGCCACGGCCCAGCCUCAGGCAGAUCGCUGUGAUGGUCACGUUGCUGCUGCUGUUGUCAUAUCUGCAGAACUAGAGCCCGGCCUUCCUCUUCCUCCUUCAAGUCAAAGCUGGCUGGUCCAGCCCCAGCAGGCCCCCUUGCUGAGCCAGGGUGAAGGACGGCCCCCACCUACCCCGGCUGCAUCUUGGCCCCCCGGACCGCAUUUCUUGGGAACCCAGCUUUCCUGCGCCAGCUCCUUGGCUUCUGUGGCUGAGGGGAUGGGACGUGCCCCUCUGCCUCUCCGCUCGGGACUUGGGGCCCACUCCGCCUUCGCCUACGAGGGCCUCUGUGGCAAAUGGAGCCUGCCCACUCGCAAGGGACUAAAUGGGCUUGGGGGGAGCGAGAGCGACGUCCCCCCCGGGACCCCUCCGCCCCGCACGAAGGACAAUACCGCUUUAUCAUCUUCUGCUGUGGCUGCGUUGGAGACUUCCAGUGUUAGCGGGGGCCCCAAACCUCAGCCCCCCAACCCAGGACCAGUCCCUGAGGCCGCCAGCGAUCCGACGCCGCCCUUGCCUCUGGAACCGCCAGCAGCCCCCCGAGGGAACUGCAGCCCCACAGAGGCUGCCCAGCCUGCGGUGGCCGAGUGGGAGCGACAGCGGGAGGAAGAGGAGAGCCCCGCGGCCGCGCAGCCGCUCCUAGAACACCAGUACUGAAGGGGGGAGGCGUGUGUUUUGUGUCCUACGGAAUCACGGGCUGGCCCCGUUGUGACUCUUCUUCUCCCGUCCCUUUUUGGGGGGGACGGAAGGGGGGAGAACGUGCUCCGAGUCAGCCUUCCCCUCCUUCAGAACCAUGGACAGCAAUAACGCGGUCUGGGGGGGGCUGCUCCUAUCAGGCCCGCUGCAGCUUUCCGUGCCCCCAUUUCUCCCUCCCCCUUCCUAAUGUGCCUGCCCGGGCUGGCUCAGUCUUUUGGGACACGGAGGGGAGGGGGGGCAAGAACCCCAUGCACUGCCCCCUUUCCCUUUCUCUCUCCCCCCCCCCACUCCACAAGGACCCACCCUGGACACCAGCUUUGUACCGGUGACACUCGAAGGUGGUUUUCUUUUCAGCGGCUGUGGUCGUUCCUCGGGGUUCAUUUUUAGUUUGUUUCUUUGUUACCUUCCCAUCUCCGGAUCCUGGAUUUUUGAUUGGUAUAAAAAUUAAAAAGGCAGGGGGGGAAAAAGGUAUGACUGUCCUUCACCUGUGCAUUAUGAUGUUUUGAAACCUGGGGAAGGGUCAGGUAUUUGUGUGAUGAAGUGUGAGGCUGGAGGAGGGGAAGGAUAAAAAGAGGGUGUGUGAAAAAGAUCUGGGUGCUAGGCUUGCCCUCCUUCCCCCCCCCCCAUUUACUUAACGGGGCAGCUGACCUUCCUCCUCCAUGGUAGAGAUUAUCGCCUUCUGCCCCCCCCCCGCCGCCCCUUUCAAGCUGA